AAUAAGAUAGAUGCCAACGGCUGUUAAAAAAGGAGGAGAAGAAGAAGAAGACGAAGAAGAAGAAGAAGGAGAAGAAGAAUUAUAUAGAUCAACAUUAACGAGCUCUCUACUGAAUAUGGGGUCAUACAGACGAAUAGAUUGUAUAUUUUUUAGUGAAUUUCAUCCAACUUUAGGACCAAAGAUCACAUAUCAGGUUCCUGAAGAAUAUAUUUCGAGGGAACUUUUUGAUACUGUGCAGGUGUACAUCAUCACCAAACCUGAACUGCAGAACAAGCUCAUAACGGUGACUGCCAUGGAGAAGAAACUAAUAGGUUGUCCAGUGUGCAUUGAGCAUAAGAAAUACAGCCGGAAUGCCUUGCUCUUCAAUUUGGGUUUAGUCUGUGAUGCCAGGACAAAAACAUGUGCUUUAGAACCUAUUGUCAAAAAACUGUCUGGCUACCUCACAACUCUGGAGCUUGAGAGUGGAUUCAUUUCAAAUGAGGAGAGUAAACAGAAGCUGUUGCCUAUCCUGUCCACACUUCUGGAGGAACUUAAUGUUACAGGAGCCUGCACCCUACCUAUUGGUUAUAUAUGCGUUUUCUAUCUCUCUGUUUCCCCAUCAGUGGAUGUCAUUGUUUUUAUAAUCACCCUUUCUCGCUCUUUCAUGACAGAUGACUCGAACACCAUCCACUUGAAGCUAAUUGAACAAAGGAAAGAUCCUCUGGUGGUUCAGGAGUAUGAUGUACCAGUAUUUACCAAGAAUAAAGACCACUUUAUAAAAUCACAAUGGGAUCUCACCACACAGCAGAUCUUACCCUUUGUAGAUGGGUAUCGACACAUUCAAAAAAUCUCAGCUGAGGCCGAUGUUGAGCUUAAUUUGGUGCGGAUUGCUGUUCAGAAUUUAUUGUAUUAUGAAGUGGUAACUCUGGUAUCCAUAUUCCAGUACUCAAAUGUUUACUGCACAACACCUAAAGUACAAAACUUAAUAGAUAAGAAGUGCCUUCAGGAAGAGUGUAUCCACUAUGUCAGUAAGCUAGGCCAAAGGACAAAUCUCAGGGACGUAUUCCAGUUGUAUUGUGGUCUGACCCCAGGUACGACUGUACGUGACCUCUGUUCCCGCUAUUCUCACCAGCUACAGAGGGUGGAUGAAAGGAAGUUGAUUCAGUUUGGCUUGAUGAAAGGUCUGAUUCGGCGCCUGCAGAAGUAUCCAGUCAAGGUUGUUAGAGAUGAGAGGAGUCGUCCACCUAGACUUUAUACUGGCUGCCAUAGUUAUGAUGAAAUCUGUUGCAAAACUGGAAUGAGUUAUAAGGAGUUGGAUGAGCGUUUGGAGAAUGACCCUAACAUUGUUGUUUGCUGGAAAUAAUGUUGCAGAGACAGAAUUAUAACUACAGACUAUUUCAGUUAAAGAAAUCAUUUGUAACUUGAGAGAAACAGAUCUGGUCCUGGUUCUUUGGCAGUCUCAGACUUUUUGUCCUGUACCUUUAUUUAUUGUAAAUCACCCUUUAUGUAUUUUAUAUAUAUUUGAAACCAUUAUAGGUCAAAAUAUGAACACACAAAUUGAAGAAAAAAAAUAAAAAUAUUGCAAUGAUUUAAGAUGCAUAAAUGCAAAAAUGACUGUUUCUACAUGAAAAACUAGGUCACUGGUUUUGAAAUAAUUUAUGGUUUAUUAUAUGGCUGGGUGUAGUGAGGUCUAAUUCUAUAGUAUGUUUUACCACAGUUAAAAACAUGCAAGUGUUCUUACUCAGAAAAAAACUGGAAAACAUAGACAAGAUGACCCUAUUGAUCUAAAAUGCAUGACUUUUAAAGUACCUUGUGCAUUUACUGUUAUAUUAGGCUUAGAACAAAAAUAAAUUAUAAACUGUCAAAAGUUUUUGCUUUUGCUUUUCUGAUCAUGUGUAAACUAGUUGCACAAUAUUUGAUUACAUUCCAUUUAGGUCCAUUUCUGUCACAUCAGUUGCAUCAAAUAUCAUGACUGUCCAAAGACAAUAAAAAUGUAUGGACAUGGCAGAGCUGCACAAAUAUUUGAUAACAUCAUUCCAAUUAGGUCAAUUUCUGUCACAUCAGUUGCAUCAAAUAUGGCUGUCCAAAGACAAUAAAAAUGUAUGGACAUGGCAGCGUUUGCACAAUAGUCUUCUGAAUUUUUUUUUUUACAGUCAGUCCCUUUCCCAGAAUAGGUACAUAUUCCCAGAACACUCACCAACAUGAACAUUAAAAUGUAUAAACUGCUUAUUUUGAUAAUGGCAAGAAGAGGAAAUAUCUUAACACAGCUGUCAUUUUAACUUGUCAAAUUUAAUUUGUUAAAUCAUUUAUUCUUUAACUAUUCCUUUAAAAUACCUUCCUAUUAUCUUAAC